CACAUGUCACAUGUUUUGAACACGUAACACACUGUCGUCUGAUUGUUUUGAAAAAGUGAUAUUCUUCAUUGAAAUUAAUCGUACGACAUUCUAAAGUACGAAUCAUCGCAGUCCACGCAGUGUUCACAACAGUUUAUGGAUACAGCUUGUCUAGUAUUUGCUUUUCCCAACAGUGUUGAGUUCCGUAGCACAGAUUUGCUUUUUCGUAGGUUGUGAUUUGCUCAAGUGGGUUGAAGAAGGAGUCGGAAAGUGUAUGUAUACAAUAUGUGAGUGUGUGCGCUUUGGCAUGUAAGGAUCCAAGGAUUAAUAGUACGACCGAAGAAUAUCUAAAAUCCUAUAUGUCUAAACUGUCACGCUGCAGGGAAAGCAGUACUAUCAAACAUUAAAGCAGCAAAUAAUUUGUUGCCGCUGUCAUGCGAAAAAAGGUGGUUGUAUCCAAAAAGAAACCGAUGAAAAUGAAAAAUCUUGCUGAUAAUCUUAGCACCAACAUCAAUGCUGACGAUGCGCAUACAAGCGGACGUGCAAAAGCACGUGACAACGACGCUAGAUUCGGGUUGCACAGCAUCGUUAAUGAAAGCAACAGUUGCAAGCCUCUUACUAGUCAAAAGAUGAAGUCAGUCAAAGAGUACAACAGCUGCGAACAUGCUUCGCUCGCUAAAAGCAAACAGUCACACCACCCGGAGCACAGGUUCGGUAGCGCGAUGGGGAAAAAGAGCGUGGGUAGUUCGAACAGUACUAAUGCAACCUCAAACCGAAAUGGUAACAGCAAUAGCAAUAACUGUACGGUAUCGCAGAAGAACGACAAUAAAAAAAUUGCCAAAGAAAUCAAAUCGCUAGUACUAUGGAAAUCACCAUUGAAGACGCUAAAAUACGCCGGCCUGGAAGUAUUAUUUCUAUUGAAAACCAACAUGAAUAGAUUAUUGCACCAACGGGCACUACUGAUGGCCAUUUUAGUUUUACUAUGUGGUGUCGUAGUCGCCAUAUAUACCCCAGGCCAUCAUCAGCAGCUAAUAGACGCUAUCAAAACCAAAGGAUUCUUUAUUGUGUAUUGGUUAGGGUUGGGUGUGCUAUCAUCCGUGGGGCUUGGGACUGGAUUGCAUACAUUUCUAUUAUACCUAGGGCCGCAUAUUGCCAGCGUCACCCUGGCAGCGUAUGAGUGCAGCUCGCUCGACUUCCCGGAGCCCCCGUAUCCGAAUGAAAUACUUUGUCCUGAUGACAAUGGAACAAAGAACCUUAUCAUUCCAUCGCUAUGGUCUAUUAUGACCAAGGUUCGUUACGAAGCAUUUCUUUGGGGUGCAGGCACUGCACUGGGAGAACUGCCACCCUACUUUAUGGCUAAGGCCGCUCGGCUGUCGGGCAACAAUACUGAGGAGUUUGAGAAUCUGCAGGAACUAGAGAAACUUCAGAAGCGUAAAGAAAAGGGAGAAAAAAUAGGUUUAUUCGAUAAGGGUAAACUGAUGAUGGAGGACAUCGUUGAACGUGUAGGAUUCUUCGGCAUUUUGCUAUGCGCUAGCAUUCCCAAUCCAUUGUUUGAUCUGGCCGGUAUCACCUGUGGCCACUUUAUGGUGCCGUUUUGGAAGUUUUUUGGUGCUACCCUCAUCGGCAAAGCGGUGAUAAAAAUGCAUAUACAGAAAAUAUUCGUUAUCAUAUCGUUCAAUGAAAAUCUAGUAGAUAAAUUCAUCGACAUUCUUGCUGUCAUUCCAUUGGUAGGGGUACGGUUGCAAAAACCUUUUAAAGGAUUUUUCGAAAGUCAAAAGCAGCGCCUUCAUCGAAACAAUCAUAAACAGUCGGUCAACCCACCGCAAGGCAAUAUACUAGCUAGCGUAUUCGAGUACUUUGUGUUUAUCAUGAUUUGUUACUUUAUCAUUUCGAUUAUAAACACGUUUGCUCAAAGCUGCUGUAAGCGUAUGAGAAAGCAGCACGGUAGUGGCAGUAGCAGUAGCACUUCGAAUGAUGUAGUGUCGAAUAAAAAGGAAUCGUAAAUUCGAUCUUUAAGAAAGAAGAAGACAAAAUCGGUAGCUUGCAUCUCCUAGAUUUUUUUUUUGUUGUUUUCGCUUGGUUAAAGCUUUUCUUUGUUGGUAGAUAUGAACGCCGCGGUUUUACUAGGAUAUAUUUUAAGCGCUAAAAUUACUGCACCUCCUGGACGAAACGAAUAAAAAACGGUAUAAAAUGAUUAGGAAUUCUAAGAGUAAUAGCAUAUUUAAGACAUUUUUUUAACUCUAGUCAAAUGCUGUUUCACAUCCCAAAUAAAAUAAAAUUAAAAAAAACCAUACCUAGUACAGCCCGCAAGCAAGCACAGAAAAAUUAAAACAAAGUGAGAAGUUUAAAAAAUAAAGAGUACAUUGACUGACACACCAGGC